CCAAAGGCUUCUUCUUCAAAAUUCACAUGCGCUCAAAGACUCCCCGGACCUCUACAGAAUCUUCCCCGCCUCCUCCGCCUUACGCCGUCGCAUCGCCGCCCCGGUUCCGGGACUCGCCAGCGAGCUACUGAUUCUCUAGUUGCCGGCCAGACGGGAGCAUGUCGAUCUCGUCGGAGCAUUCGGAGUCCGGCUCCUUCGCCGGCGGCAGGAGCCCCCGGCGAGGCCGCUCGAGAAGUCCACCUUCUCCCACACCUGCAGCCUGCUGAGCCAGUACCUGAAGGAGAAGAAGGGCUCCUUCGGCGACCUCAACCUCGGCAUCCCCCCGCCGCCGACGCCACCGGUGCGCCCGGGAUGUCUCGCCACGCGGCGACCACCAUGAAUUUGUUCCCGGUUUGCGAAGGCGGCUCCGCCGAGGCUCGGAAUGUUAAGUUCAUGGAUUUGUUCCCUCAGCAAGCUGGUUUUGGUUCCACAAAGGAGGACGUCUCGAAGAUGAACAAUUCCAGUUCGAUUAAGAAGGAACCCGAAACUGCACAGAUGACCAUAUUUUAUGCUGGGCAAGUGAUUGUGUUGAACGAUUUCCCGGCGGAAAAGGCGAAGGAAGUCAUGCUUGCAGCUAGCAAGGGGAGUUCUCUGAGCCAGCAUGCAGCCGCAGCGCCUAACUUGGCAAAGUCAAAGCCAGCUUUCGCUCCCAACUACGCCAAAAGUCCAGUUGAAUCUGGGGGUGUAGUUUCCUCCAGUCCUGUUCCUGUUCCUUCUCUUGGUGCGAAUGCGAUCCAGGAGCACGGCGGUCGCCUCGCCGAGCCUCUUGCUUGUGAUUUACCAAUUGCUAGGAGGGCUUCUCUGCAUCGGUUCUUGGAGAAAAGAAAAGAUCGGCUAACAGCAAAAGCACCGUAUGUGACGGCCAGCCCGGGGUCAGCAGCAGCUCCUCCUCCAAAGCCGGCGGAAACCAAGCCAUGGCUUGGCUUAGCUGCUCAACCCAUGCAGUAGUCGCGGCGCCGGCAGAAGUGAUUAAUACAUAAAUUUCUCUUUUUUUUGGGGAUUCUUAUCUUAUAGAUAUAAAUGGAUUGAAACAUUAGCAAUCUGCCUAGCCUUCCCCCCCGGCCCUCCGCCGGGGGUCUAGGCGGCGUGCUUCUCGCCUCUUUCUGCUUAGUAAAAAAAUCACUCCCUCCGGGGCUCAAGCUGCAUAGCAGCCCUGUCGCUGGAACCUAACUCUUGCCGCUAUUUUUUUGCACUGUCAAGACUCUCUCCGUUUGAUC